AUGGCGUCCCGAGCCGUUAUCCCCUUCCUCGUGGGGAUGAUGCUUCUCACAGGCGUCUGCAACACUCUCCUUACCAAGUAUCAGGACAAUCAAUGUGUCCGAAAUUGCGAUGACCCCGAUCCGAAGAAACGAGCCAACUUCGAGCAGCCCGUCAUCCAGACGGCGCAGAUGUUCGUCGGCGAGAUGGGCUGCUGGCUGGUGAUCGGCCUGAUUAAUCUCUGGAAGCGCUUCGUCUCCAAGGAAGCCGGCUACGAAGCUGUCAACACGACGGAGGCCGACGCUGAUGCUGACGCCGCGAGCAUACGGUCCACGGACGCUCUGACGCCCAAUGGCUCAAGCAAGAAGUCGUCGGACGGUCUCCUGAAGGGCUUCCGCGUCACGCUGCUGGCGCUGCCAGCCAUCUGUGACAUAUGCGGCACGACACUGAUGAAUGCUGGUCUGCUGCUGGUCGCGGCAUCCAUCUACCAGAUGACCCGUGGCGCACUGGUGCUCUUCGUCGGCCUGUUCAGCGUGCUAUUCCUCAAGCGCAAGCUGCAUCUCUUCCAGUGGCUGUCCCUCCUGGGCGUCGUGCUCGGCGUCGCCAUUGUCGGCCUGGCAGGGGCCAUCUACCCCGACAAGAAGGACAGCUCGGCCGGCGGACCGUCCCCAGCCCCGGAGCCGGAAGACGUCGAGAUCAAUGCCGAUGCACUGCGCGCCGUCAUCGGCGUGCUCCUGAUCGCCGGAGCGCAGAUCUUCACUGCCACUCAGUUUGUGCUCGAGGAGUACAUCUUAGAACGCUCGACGAUCGAGCCCCUUCGUGUGGUUGGCUUUGAGGGCCUCUUUGGUUUCAUUGUCACGGUGCUUGGCAUGAUUAUCUUGCACUUUGCCAUUGGUCGUACGGAGGCUGGCAAGUACGGCUAUUUCGACAUGAUUGAGGGCUGGAAGCAGUGGACCCAGAACCCUCAGGUGCUUCUCUCCAGUAUCCUCAUCAUGUUCAGCAUUGGUGGCUUCAACUUCUUCGGACUGUCUGUGACAAGGUCUGUCAGCGCGACGUCGCGCUCCACCAUUGACACCUGCAGGACCCUGUUCAUCUGGAUCGUGUCCCUUGGCCUGGGCUGGGAGACUUUCAAGUGGCUCCAGGUGGUGGGCUUCGUCUUGCUGGUGUACUUCACCUUCCUAUUCAACGGGCUUGUCCAGCCACCUUUCAAGUUCCUCAGGGUUGAAGAGGGCAUCCCCGAGCUCCUCCCAGAGGAGCCCGUUGAACACCUGUAG